AUGAGGAUGCUACCAGAACAAGAGAUUGAGAAGAAAGAAGGCAGGGAGAAAAAUGUAGUUGAGCCAAAGAUGUUAUCAACGGAAGAUCCAAUACACAGAAGAUGUAUUGCUGUGGGCCUGGUGAAUAUUGUGUAUGUUCUUGAAACCAACCCAAAUCAGGCUAAGGAAUUGUGUUGCUUGCUUGAAUUUGAAGUGGAGGAAACUGCAAUCGACGAGCAUGACAAAUCUAUAUAUGGGGCUGUUUUUGAGUGGCGUGGAAAAGAAAAAGCAGGUCCAGGUGGACCUCCCUUAGGAGUGCUUGCAUUCAGAGCAAGAAAAUUGGAGCCGAAAGAACGUCGUGAACUACAUCUUUUCAAUCCUCCAUUUUUCUCUCCUACAUUUCCUCAAUUGAAAGUGUUUGAGAGGAUUGCGAAGAUUUUAGUUGGCACACAUAAAUGUGCCCCUUCCUUUCAGUGUAGUCAAUCGCAGGAAAUUUGCAAACAUAUUCAAGGCACUUCUGAGGCUUCGGCAUUGCAGAUGGGUUUGAAAGACAAGAGCAAACUACUUGAGUUGUAUGGUGAUUUCCUUCAUUAUAGUGAUUGGAUUCCCAAUUUAUAUGUGAAUGAAAAGGAUCUCAUUUGUGUGACUUACCUUCACUAUUUUGAGGUAUGGAAGGGUAUAUAUGAGCAGAAAAGUCAUUUGGUCCACGAAAGCAUGAAGUACUUCUUUUGUUUUGAAGUGGCUACAAAGAAAACCCCUUGGCAUAUAGUUCCAUCUACAAAGGUAUUUAGGGUAGCUAGACAUUGUUUUAGUAAUCAUCAUGGCAUAUGUCAAUGGUGGUCUAAGAAUCUUCAAGUUAAGAGCAUUGAAUACAUCCCUCCAGAUGAAGUCACUCAUUGCAAUUUCAAUCGCUUGCAAAAGAGUGUAGUUCUCCAUAACAAAGAUGGUGAUGAUGCUAGUCAUCUAAGUUAUUAAAAUGUGGCAUACCAAUGACAACUUACUAUGUGUUUGUUUUGUAUAUGUAAAUAUUUUUGAAUAAAAAAUCUUAGAGAAUAAAGUGUAUUAAUUUUUUUU